UUCGGUUAUUAGCUUAUAUUAACAACAAAGUAUCGUAUACAGGCCGGGCCAAAAAACGGAUCGAUUUAAAACGAGAAUAAAAUCCGAACGCUUUAACAGAUUUUCAAAAAAAAAUUUCUACGUGAAACGAAAUGAAUAAGUCCUUUCCUUCACGAUGGAAAAUCCGUAAAAUCUUCAUACCUUGCUGAGGUUCACUCUUUUGAAAAAUGGGUUUUGAAAAAGUCACUCGGAGGAUGAAAAGAAUUAAUACUUAACAAGUUUCAUAUCCGUGUUAAAUUGUGAUUCGAAGUUUGAUUCUGACAUUUUAGCAAUUCGAGAGUCUUUUCACGUGAUAUGGAGCAUUUAUUCGUGGUGAAAGUUUCUGUUUUCACGCCAUAAUCAAGAAAGUUCACUAUCAAAAAAGUCGGUUGCAAAUGAUGUCGUGGACUCAACUAAAAUUGAUAAGCGUCAGGCGGAUGAUCUGAUCACUUCGGCCAACAAUUAUAAUCAGAAUUCAUCUCAGCAAGGAAUGAAGAUUUUGCAGAUUUUCGAACGCGAAAUGAAAGCUUCAACCUUCUAAUUAUAAGAAGAAAAAAAACGUUCUCAAGUAUCGGUUGACGAGUUCGAAUUGUAUUCACAUUGUAAACUGAUCCGGUUUACUUGGCACAUCGUGAACAGUAGUUUUACUAUUCGUAAUUUGAAAGAGCUAAUCCGUAAAUUAUGUUGAUGUAUGUUUCGAAGGAAACAACGCACCUACCGAUUAUUUGUUCCACAAAUUAUGUAUUUCUUAUGUAUAAAUUCCGAACUCUAAUAUUUUAUUCACACUGACAAGAUGUCUAGUUCAGGUAUACUAUAUAUAUAAAAUUCGGAUUACUACCUAGCAAGUCUUCAUUUUGAAGUCAUAAUUACAAGUCAUCAUCAAGAUCCUUCAUGGUUUCGCAAUAGAAAAAACUUGUUUAAUAAAACUAUCAAAGUAAAUAGUCUCUUGAUUAGAGAAUCCAAAAAAAAAUAUCUACGAAAUUAACGUAUUCAAUGUUACGAGUUACAUCAUAGUAACAAUUGUAUAUUCUGUAAUAUCAUGCACAACAAGGAGUAUAAAACAGAGUUCGCGGAAUAUCGUCACAGUCCCAAGUGCAGACUGACUUCGAACGGUUGGUUAUAAAAAAUAUACGAUACAACAGCAUUCGCGAUGGAGCGUUUGACACUAGUCACCCAAAGUGUAGUUAUUGCCUGCCUCAUUUUCUACGCUGUGUCGAAAAUUAUAGUGAACCUUGCGAAAAGGCGAUCGUUUGACAAUCAUUGUUCAAAGUUUGAGGGACCGCCACGGCUGCCCAUUAUCGGCAAUGCGUAUCUCUUUAUCGGGAGUGCCGAAGCUAUUAUGAACAGUUUCCUCCGAUUGGAUAAAACGUAUCCUGAUUGUUAUCAGUUAUCCAUUGGGAACCGUCCAGUUUUCGUAACAAGAGAUCCUAAACAAUUGAAGGUAAUAUUUCUAAGUCCCAAAACCAUUGAUAGAGCCAGUCUGCUUGACUUCGCACAGCCGUUGUUCGGUUCAGGAAUACUUUUAGCUACUGGAUCGAAAUGGCACGCGCGUCGGAAGCUGAUCGAGCCGGCCUUUAAUUCCAUCGUUCUAAACUCCUUCGUUGAUUCAUUUGCCUCACAAUCAGGAAUUAUGGUCGAGCGAAUGGAGCGCCACUUGAACGGAGCGGAAUUCAGAGUACAGAAAUAUUUGGCACCGUGUAUGCUGGACAUCUUAUGUGGAACUACUAUGGGUGUGAAAUUGGAAAUACAGACAAGCGAUAAUUGCCACUACGCAAAGACAAUGGAAAAGGUGGUGGAUAGUAUUUGCAAAAGAGUUCUGAGACCCUGGUUGCAUCCAGACUUUAUUUUCUACCGUACGAAACUUGGCAGAGAUCACCGAAAGCAAAUCCAACUUUUGCACGAGUUUGUUGAAAACGUGAUACGGAUCAAGAAAAAACAGAUCCAAGAACUUCGCAGUCGGGUAGGAUCAGCCGAUCAUGAACAGGAUAAAUCCAAUCAAGCGGAAGAAAACGCGUUUUUAAAUCGUAUGUUGAACCUUUCAAGUGACAACGAAGAACUUACAGAUGAAGAGCUUCGUGGCGAAGUCCAUGGUAUAGUGAUGCCCGGAAGUGAUGCGCCGGCCAAUGCUCUUUCUUUCGCAAUGUUGAUGCUGGCAUCUCAUCCAAUUGUGCAGGAUAAAGUUUACGAGGAACUUUGGGGAAUUUACGGAGACAAUGAUAACGGAGAUCAACUCGUCACUCCGAAACACCUGACGAGGAUGACUUACCUGGAACGAGUGAUCAAAGAAAGUCUGCGGAUGUUUCCAGGCUCGCCAUUUCUCUUUCGAGAAGUGACUGACGACUUGGAUAUAGGUGAUCGCGUUUUACCAAAAGGAAGUUCCGUCGCUCUUAACAUUCUAGGGCUACAUAGAAGUGAAAAAUACUGGUCUGACCCUCUGAAAUUUGAUCCGGACAGAUUUCUCCCGGAAAAUUUUGCGAAGCAGCACCCGUACUCAUAUAUACCAUUCGGCACAGGCCCGAGGAAUUGUUUAGGUUCGAGAUAUGCCAUGAUGUUGAUGAAAACAUCUCUCGCGAUGAUUCUACGACAGUAUGUAUUGAAGAAGGAUCGAAUUUUACCUGCUGAAAAUAUACGACUGAAAAUGGAAAUGUUGCUGAGACCUGCCGAACCAAUAACAAUAAGAAUUGAGAAACGGACGCAAGUCUCACCAAGUUUUGUCGACCUUUGAAAAUUCGAAUUCUGUAUUCCGUUACGACUGAUGAGAUAACUCAAAAUCAUAACUAUUAAACAUUUCUUUCGUGACAGUUUAUUUCCAGCUAUGAUACAUUUUUUCUAUUGUUAUGAAAUAGCAGUGAAAGCAGUCGAGAUUGAUAUUCGAUCAUCAAUAAAAAAUAAAAAAUAAAAAAUAAAACCAUGACGUAGCUGAUAAGUGACUAAAUCUCACGUCCCGAUCUUGUUGUCGAGUUUUCGAAUCGGCGGAUUUGAUUUUGUUUUUCAGGUGUCCUCUCAGUUUCUCCGGAGUCUCGACAGCUGGAAAACAAGCUCUAAAAAAUUAAUAUUGGGACGAAAAGUUCUGCGAUUUCCGAAACCAAAACGAUGUUGACAAAUGUCAGAAUUAGUAAUCGAAAUAUCAUACCGAUGACGAAUACUGAGUUUUACUCGUAACAGAAACCAUACAUAUCCGUCGCAUAGCUAAAAAUUGGAUUCCAACAUUCGAUCAUAAACUUUAUGGAAGCAUUCUAACCAAAAAAGGUGUUUUGAUAAUCACAUGAAUGUCAAGACAUAAUUCACAUUGCUGUGCUGUUGAUAAUCUCGGUAAUCUAUCAAUGUACAAAAGUCAUAUCAUAUGAAUGAUUUCAACGGUACUAAAAUAUAACGCGCCACUUUAAGGUGUGUUCACUUACUUCAAAAAGAAGCUGCUGAAGAGUCCAGAAUACUUGAUAAAAUCCUAAUUGUAAGAUAAAACUAACAGAAGGAAGCAUGGCGCAACUAUAGCUGAAAUAAACAAAAGAUA